GGCCGAAGGGCUUUGAAGAAGUACGCAUGCGCUAAUCCUCCUGGCUUCUUCGACCCGCGUUUCCGUGGGCGAGAAAGGCGCAGGCCCAGCUCUUCUUCGGGCUUCGAAGCUCCGAGCAUGCGCAUGGAGCUGGGCUCCGACGAGAGCGGGGGAGGGAUCCGAGGCGGGAGUCGCUCUUGUGCGCGCGCGCGCUGCUGUCAAAAGCCUGUCGUGAUGAAGAAUAAUAAAGCUAGUCCGAGGGAGACGCACGGUCGCCGUGGCGCAUGCGCAUCUGGUGCUUCAAGAUGGCGGCGGCCAUGCCUGGCUGUUCUGAGGGGCCGAGUACACCAAGAGGGACCGCCGCGGGCCGCCUCCGCCGCUAACCGCCCGCCGGCCCGGGGGCGCCUGGCCUGGAGGCGAGGCGCCCAACCUGCUGGGCGCAGGGGCGGCCGACCCAGCCCAGCAGCCCAACUCCAGCGGAGCCGGGGGUGAAGGGAGCAGCCAGGCGGCGGCAUGGAGGCCGCCGGAGCCGUCGCCCUCGCGGGGGGAGGUGGCGGCGGUGGCAGCAACGUCCCCGCCUUCCUCACCAAGCUCUGGACGCUGGUCGAGGACCCCGACACCGACUCGCUCAUCUGCUGGAGCCCGGGUGGAAACAGCUUCCAUGUCUUUGACCAAGGCCAGUUUGCCAAGGAGGUCCUUCCUAAAUACUUUAAACACAACAACAUGGCCAGCUUUGUACGGCAGCUCAACAUGUAUGGCUUUCGAAAAGUGAUCCACAUUGAGCAGGGUGGCCUAGUGAAGCCGGAGAAGGAUGACACCGAGUUCCAGCACCCCUACUUCAUUCGGGGCCAGGAGCAUCUCCUAGAGAACAUCAAGAGGAAAGUCACCAACGUCUCUGGCAUCAAGAAUGAAGACAUCCGGGUCCGCCAGGACAGCGUGACCAAGCUGUUGACUGAUGUCCAGGUGAUGAAGGGCAAGCAGGAGAGCAUGGACUCCAAGCUGAUUGCCAUGAAGCACCCCUUGAUGUUGAAUGACAGCAGUUCGGCCCACUCCAUGUCCAAGUACAGCCGCCAGUAUUCCCUGGAGCACGUCCACGGCCCGUCCCCUUACUCGGCCUCCUCCCCACCUUACAGUGGCCCAAGCCUGUACUCCCCCGACUCGUCUGCCAACUCCGGCCCCAUCAUCUCGGACGUGACAGAGCUGGCCCAGUCCAGCCCCUCCGCCUCCCCCAGCAGCAGCCUCGGUGGAAGGAGCAGCCCUGUGGUCCACAUCAAAGAGGAGCCCCCCAGCCCCUCUCGAAGCCCCCGGAUCGAGGAGUCCAGCCCUCCUGCCGCGGAGAGCUCCCUCUCUCCUUCCGCCUUCAUCGACUCCAUCUUGCAGGAGGACCAGCCCAGCAGCACCACCACCCCUGGGGCGGCAGCCCCUUCCGCCGGCAGCCCCGACCUGCAGCCCCCGUCCCCAGAAAAGUGCCUCAGCGUCGCCUGCCUCGACAAGUGCGUUUUGGCUCGCCCUCCGCAGAUGUCUGAGGUCACCUGCCUCUUCCCCAGCCCUUCCUCUUCCUCACUGCAUUGCAGACCACAGCAAGGAAAUGAGCUGAACGAGCAUUUGGACACCAUCGACUCCAGCCUGGAGACGCUCCAGACCAUGCUGACCACCCACAGCUUCAGCGUGGACACCAGCGCCCUGCUGGAUCUCUUUAGCCCUUCGCUGACGGUGACGGAUAUGAACUUGCCAGAUCUGGACAGCAGCUUGGCCAGCAUCCAGGAUCUCCUCUCCUCCCAGGAGCAGCAGCAGAAGCCGGCUGAGACGGAGGCCUCCACAGCAGAUGCAGGCAAGCAGCUGGUGCACUACACCGCCCAGCCCCUUUUCCUGGUGGACUCGAGCUCUGUGGACAUGGGCGGUGGCGACGCGCCCAUUUUCUUCGAGCUGGGAGAAGGGUCCUGCUUCGCAGAGGGAGACGAGUACUUGGAGGACCCCACCAUCGCCCUCCUCUCCGGGCCGGAGCACCCUCACCCGAAGGACCCUGCCGUCUCCUAAGGCCACGCUGGGCAGGGGCGAGAGAGAGAGAGAGACCGACCAGACUGGCCGGGGCCUCCCAGCUGCCUCCUUGCUUUGCGCCAAAUGUUGCGACAAUGGCAACGGGCUCCCCGCUGAUGCUGCUGCUGCUGCCGCCGCCACUGCCCGUGGUUCUCCAGCCAUGCCAGGGUUUUGUGGGGUGUGUGUGUGUGUGUGCGUGUGCGCGUUUCACGAGGAGUUCCACCCCCUCCUCCAGAAGGGAGGGCAGCUCUGGGUGGGCACCGUGGCCUUGCGGGUGUGGGCAGGGGGGCCAGGCCCAGGCAGAAGAGGCACGUUCCCUGGCGGGAGAGGGGGGCAGCCCCUGGGGCCAGAUCCUGCAGGCAAGCAGGGGGCGGGGAGGCGAGAGGCACCCGUGUGAGUGGGGCGGGCAGGAGAGCCCCCCGCCUCCUGUGAGGAUGGCCUGGUGGGCCUUUCAGAAGGCAGGAAGCGGCCCCACGGCCUCGGAGUGGAGGGCUGGGUCCCGUUGCUGCGUUGGCCGUCACGCGCACACUCCUGGCUGGCGUGGGGCCCGGGGGGAGAAGCUGCCCACCCCAUUCCCCUCCCCUCCUCCUCCUCCUCUUCAUUGGGGUUUGUUUUUCUUGGCUUAGCGGUAAAGAAUUUGUACAUUUACACUUUGAUUGUUACUAGAAGAAAUUGUAUUUUGGAUUUUUACAUGAGAAAAGAAGCUCCCUUUCCCAUUGCCCCCUCCUCUCUCCUGCUGUGUAAAUAUCUAUCUAUCUAUCUCUAUAUAUACAUAUAUAUAUAUACACACAAAUAUAUAUCCAUAUCCAUCUGAA